AUGGACACGUCCCAGGGGCCGGCGGUGGUGCAGCAGCGCAUGCAGCGGCGCCGCGACCGCAGCCUGCUGCUCAGCGCCCCCGGCGGCGCGGCCGAGCGCAUGGAAGCCUACGUGGAUGCAGAGGCGGCCGACCUGAAGGCCCAACUGGCAGAGGAGCAGCGGCGCUCCAAGGAAGCCGCCGCGCGCAUGGCGGCCGACCUGCUGUCGGCACGGCAGGAGCUGUUGGCCACCAAGCGCACCUUGGAGCAGCUUCAGGUCAACGCACUCCGAGCUGGCACCGCCUCCAGCGACCCCGGCGCCGGCGGGGCGCGCCGGCAGAGCACGGUCGCGCCGGCGGGGCUGCUCGGCGCCGCACUCGCGUUUGCGCCCGGCGCGGCGGCUGCGGGCCGGGCCUCGACGUUUGGCGGCGGCGGCGUGCUCCUGGCGUCGGCGACGCGCGCGUCGAUGGCGGCUGCGGAGAGGCGGAUGCAGCUGGGGUCCUGCUUUGCGUGCGGUCGAGUUGAUGGCGUGCACGUCAUGGGACCCCUGGAGGUGGCUUAUGUGAUCUUCGGGAUCUACCUGGCGGUCCUGGUGGCCUCUGCGCUGCUGGGGGUGGUGCUGCGCCUCCGAGCGCAGAGGCGCGCCGGCGCCGACGCAGUCAAGGAGCACUAUGUUGCUGGCGCGGGCCUGAUGCAGUUCACCUGGUUCUUCACUAUGGCGGCCUCCCUCUACUCGGGCUACUCUGUCAGCGGCAUCGUGAAUGAGUCAUUCAACCAGGGCUGGACCAGCACCCGCUGGAUCCCAGGAGGUGGGAUUCGGCGGGGUGGAAUGGUGGAGGUCAGGCCAGGGGCUCGAUAUCCGGCGGCGGCCCACGGCCGCGCCGCCAAUGACAGCGGCGGCCGUGGCCAUGUCGGCAUCGGUGUGUACGUGGGCUUCCUAUACCUGGCGCCCCGCUUCCACGCGCUCGGCAAGUCGCGCGGCUACAUGCGUGUUUGA